CCGCCCUCCGCCUCCCUUCCCCCUCCCCGCCCAGCGGCGGCCGCUCGGGCCCGGCUCUCGGUUAUAAGAUGGCGGCGCUGAGUGGCGGCGGCGGCGCGGAGCAGGGCCAGGCUCUGUUCAACGGGGACAUGGAGCUCGAGGCCGGCGCCGGCGCCGCGGCUUCUUCGGUUGCAGACCCUGCCAUUCCCGAGGAGGUAUGGAAUAUCAAACAAAUGAUUAAGUUGACACAGGAACACAUAGAGGCCCUAUUGGACAAAUUCGGUGGGGAGCAUAAUCCACCAUCAAUAUACCUGGAGGCCUAUGAAGAAUACACCAGCAAGCUAGAUGCCCUCCAACAAAGAGAACAGCAGUUAUUGGAAUCCCUCGGGAAUGGAACUGAUUUUUCUGUUUCUAGCUCUGCAUCAAUGGACACCGUUACAUCUUCUUCCUCUUCUAGCCUUUCAGUGCUACCUUCAUCUCUUUCAGUUUUUCAAAAUCCUACAGAUGUAUCACGGAGCAACCCGAAGUCACCACAAAAACCUAUUGUUAGAGUCUUCCUGCCCAACAAACAGAGGACAGUGGUACCCGCAAGGUGUGGAGUUACAGUCCGAGACAGUCUAAAGAAAGCACUGAUGAUGAGAGGUCUUAUCCCAGAGUGCUGUGCUGUUUACAGAAUUCAGGAUGGAGAGAAGAAACCAAUUGGCUGGGACACUGAUAUUUCCUGGCUUACUGGGGAGGAGUUGCACGUAGAAGUGUUGGAGAAUGUUCCACUUACAACACACAAUUUUGUACGGAAAACUUUUUUCACAUUAGCAUUUUGUGACUUUUGUCGAAAGCUGCUGUUCCAGGGUUUCCGCUGUCAAACAUGUGGUUAUAAAUUUCACCAGCGCUGUAGUACAGAGGUUCCUCUGAUGUGUGUUAAUUAUGACCAACUUGAUUUGCUGUUUGUCUCCAAGUUCUUUGAACAUCACCCAAUACCACAGGAGGAGGCCUCCUUAGCAGAGACCACCCUUACAUCUGGAUCAUCCCCUUCUGCACCCCCCUCAGAGUCCAUUGGGCCCUCAAUUCUCACCAGCCCAUCUCCUUCAAAAUCCAUUCCAAUUCCACAGCCUUUCCGACCAGCAGAUGAAGAUCAUCGAAAUCAAUUUGGGCAGCGAGACCGGUCCUCAUCUGCUCCCAAUGUGCAUAUAAACACGAUAGAACCUGUCAAUAUUGAUGAUUUGAUUAGAGACCAAGGGUUUCGUAGCGAUGGAGCCCCCUUGAACCAGCUGAUGCGCUGUCUUCGGAAAUACCAAUCCCGGACUCCCAGUCCCCUCCUACAUUCUGUCCCCAGUGAAAUAGUGUUUGAUUUUGAGCCUGGCCCAGUGUUCAGAGGAUCAACCACAGGUUUGUCUGCCACCCCACCUGCCUCAUUACCUGGCUCACUCACUAAUGUGAAAGCCUUACAGAAAUCUCCAGGACCUCAGCGAGAAAGGAAGUCGUCUUCAUCCUCAGAAGACAGAAAUCGAAUGAAAACACUUGGAAGACGGGAUUCAAGUGAUGAUUGGGAGAUUCCUGAUGGGCAGAUUACAGUGGGACAAAGAAUUGGAUCUGGGUCCUUUGGAACAGUCUACAAGGGAAAGUGGCAUGGUGAUGUGGCAGUGAAAAUGUUGAAUGUGACAGCACCCACACCUCAACAGUUACAGGCCUUCAAAAAUGAAGUAGGAGUACUCAGGAAAACACGACAUGUGAAUAUCCUACUCUUCAUGGGCUAUUCUACAAAGCCACAGCUAGCUAUUGUUACCCAGUGGUGUGAGGGCUCCAGCUUAUACCACCAUCUCCACAUCAUCGAGACCAAAUUUGAGAUGAUCAAACUUAUAGAUAUUGCAAGGCAGACUGCACAGGGGAUGGAUUACUUACACGCCAAGUCAAUCAUCCACAGAGACCUCAAGAGUAAUAAUAUAUUUCUUCACGAAGAUCUCACAGUAAAAAUAGGUGAUUUUGGUCUAGCCACAGUGAAAUCUCGAUGGAGUGGGUCCCAUCAGUUUGAACAGUUGUCUGGAUCUAUUUUGUGGAUGGCACCAGAAGUAAUCAGAAUGCAAGAUAAAAACCCGUACAGCUUUCAAUCUGAUGUAUAUGCAUUUGGGAUUGUUCUAUAUGAACUGAUGACUGGGCAGUUACCUUAUUCAAACAUCAACAACAGGGACCAGAUAAUUUUUAUGGUGGGACGAGGAUACCUAUCUCCAGAUCUCAGCAAGGUACGGAGUAACUGUCCAAAAGCCAUGAAGAGAUUAAUGGCAGAGUGCCUCAAAAAGAAAAGAGAUGAAAGACCACUCUUUCCCCAAGAGAAUUUGCAGCCUUCAAGUAGCCACACCAUCAUGGCAGCAUCUACUCUUUACUUAAGUCUUGUGUUCAUACAGUUCGUUAACAUCAAAACACAGUUCUGUUCCUCACAUCUUUUUUUAAAGAUACAAAAUUUUCAAUGCAUAAGCUGGUAUGGAACAGAAUGGAAUUUCCUGUCCAUCAAAAGAGGAAAGAAUGUUUUAGAAACCAGAAUUCUCUGCUGCCAGAGUUUCUUCUUCAACACAGAUACCACGUGCAUACAAGUCUGCCCACUCCUGGGAAGAAAGAGGAGAGACCCUGAAUUCUGACCUUUUGAUGGUCAGGCAUGAUGGAAAGAAACUGCUGCUACAGCUUGGGAGAUUUGCUAUGGAAAGUCUGCCGGUCAACUUUGUCCUUCUAACUGCCAGAUCAAUUUGUGGCUGAUCAUCUGAUGGGGCAGUUUCAAUCACCAAGCACCGUUCUCUUUGCUGUUCUGGGAUGUUGUUGUGGAGCUCUUUCCCCUAGCCACUACUGGUUAAUUAAUUUCUGAGGGAUGGAACCAAAAUGCAGCAUACCCAUUCUGCAUGUCACAUGGUUAGUCCUUGACAGAUUUUCUCACAGUGAAGUUCUCGUAUUUAAAAGUAGGAUGAGGCUCACAAGCGCAAGGACCCGAGUUCGAUCCCCGGUACCAAAAAAAAAAAAAAAAAAGGAGGGUGAGGGGCGAGGAGCAUGUGGGGCAGAAGGCGAGGGAAUGCUGCAUCUUCUUCCUGACCUCCCUAGUCUCUGGCCUCUGGUUGCCUUGUUCCCUGAGCUCUGCCUAACCACACAGGCUGGACAGUGCUGGCACACAUCGCCUUCUUUUUUCACUGGGUCCAGCAAUGAAGAUAAGGGUUGGGGAUUCAUUUCCUCCACUAUGUAGCAAAUUCUCAGGAAAAUACAGUCUAAAUCUUCCUCUGAGCUCUUCCAGUCACCAAGUACUUACAUGGCUACUUUGUCCAGGGCAUCAAAUGCCAUGGAUAGUAUCUAAUUAGAAGCCUACAAAACUGCUUAAUAAUAGUUUUGAAUGUGAGAAAAUUAUGUAAUUUAAAUGUAAGGUACAGAUUUCAUUUCUGAGUUUCUUCUAUUUUUAUUAAAAGGAAAAUAAUUUUCAGAUUUAAUUAAAUUGGAAUACAGUAAUAUUUCCCACCAGAAUUAUAUGUCCUUAAAAUUGUAUUUUUGUUAUAUAAUCAACUUUUAAAGGAAGAUCACUACCCCUUUCUGUACAUAAAUAGGGGAUAUCUUAGCAUAAUGACAAAUAUUUAUAAUUUUUAAAUUAAUGGUACUUGCUGGAUCCACACUAACAUCUUUGCUAACAAUCUCAUUGUUUCUUCCAACUUAUUCCUACACUACAUCCUACAUCUUCUUUCUAGUCUUUUAUCUAGAAUAUGCAACCUAAAAUAAAAAUGGUGGUGUCUCCAUUCAUUCUCUUCCUUUUUUCCCAAGCCUGGUCUUCAAAAGGUUGGGUAAAGUGGCAGCUGAGUUCCCCAGGUAGAGAACAGAAAUGUUAAGGAUAUUGGGGCUGAGGGAGGUGUGUGAAAGCCUGUCAUCAGUUGUUUGUGUAGAAAGCUGCUGUGGUGUUGAAAAGCAAAAUCCAUCCCAUCUUUGUACAGAUGGAAAAUAGAACCUAGUCAUAGCUUCCCUUGGGCUUAUUAAAGGAUAUCAUAAAUCACAGUAGUAGCAAAGAAAGUGACUAGAUGUACUAAUGGCAAAUUAAUGGCAAAUAUCUCCCUUAUCAGGAGUCUAGAAUCUCAUUUAUUGGGAUUUAGGAAUGGAAAUCAAAUGAGAUGACCUUAACCCAACUAAGCUACAGCCAAAAAUCUGAAAGAAAUUCAGCAGGACCUAAAAUAAAUCAGAGAAUAAGAAAUUGUUAUUUAAACGUCUCAAAUUCUAACCCUGGCCCCACUAUCUGUCCUGGCCCUCUUGCUACCUACUCACUACCCUUAAGUGAUUUUUGCUAAAAUACCUGUCAUCAGAGGAUGGCUUAGUGAUAAUUGUGUUUUUAACUCUUACAUGAACAUAGUCAUGUCUUACAAAAUUUAGAAACAGCAAAGAUGGGAAUGAUUCGUGCUGAUACAAAAAGCAUUUCCUGUGCAUAUCAUUCAUGCUGCCUCUUUUUGAAAAGCAUUGGUCAUUUGUUCUUUUAAAAUGCAGUUCUGUAGAUGCUUUUAAAGAUGACUGGGUUCCCUUUACCAGGAUUGACUUAGAUCUCAGAUCCAGCUGCAGAGAGCAGGGCUUGAACCCCAGACAUGUGUUCAGGUCCUGUUGAGGACCACUCUAGAUUAGCAUUAGAGUUUUCUAAACAAAUACAGAUGAUAUACUUUUUUUCUUGCUUUCGUUUUAGAAUAAGUUGCUACUUCAUUUGAAAAGAGGGAGCAGACUUGAUAGUAGGCAAAACUGUUCAGAAGCUAGCCUCAGGGUAUUAAGAGAUUUUAUAGAGAAUUUUUUAAAUAGAAAUUAAUAAAAUGUUUAAACUUUUAUUUCCCAUCAAAUAGUUUUGUUUUUCUAUUUACAAAUGACAAGAAAAGAGGUUUCCUUUUAAGUUUUAUUUGCUUUAUUUUUUGAUGCUUAGACUACGGAAAGACUUGUUGAGCUCCUAAGAAAGUGCAAGGAAGAAGUCCUUGUUUGUGCAAAGCACUUUAUGAGUAAAUUGUAUACACAGUGUGUGGCUGCUUCACCGAUCACCUUGUCUUGCUGUACUUGUCAGUUUUGUCUGGAAAGUGGUUGCAGUGCCUUCUCCUGUGUGUUUUAUUUUUGCUAGGGAGAGUGAAGCCUUCUGAAAAAUUUGAGAGCAACAGUAGAAGAUGGUUUUUAAAUAUGUAAUAUUCCUCCUGAUGGACUUUUUUCAUCAUUAAACUAGAGUCAAGGACUCAGACUUUUUUUUUUUUAAUUUGAGACAGGGUCUGACUAUGUUGUUCAGGAUGGCCUUGAACUCAUAGUGAUCCUCUUGCCUCAGCCUCUUAAGUGCUGGGAUUACAGGUGUGCACCACCAUGCCCAGCAAAGACUCAGACUUGCCACUGAAAUAAUAUUAGGUGUUAUUUUUUGUUUGUUUGUUUGUUUGUUUCGGUACCGGGGAUGGAACUCAUGACCUUGCGCUUGAGAGGCAGGCACCAGAACCACUGAGCUAAAUCCCCGGCCCACCACUGAAAUAAUAUUGACCAAAAAAAAAGUAGUAUAUAAAAGAAUUGUGAAUAGAAAAUCCAAUGUGAUCCUUUAUAUUUAUGUGCACCUUAAAAGAAGAUUCUGUGUAGCUGUAAAGUACUGGUUCCUGAACCUCUCAUCCCUGAUUGUAUUUGAGGUCUUGUAGGACAUACUGGGACAUCCUAGAAAGUAAAGUCCCGUCUGAAUCCCAUGUUAUAUUUAUGUUGAUGUUGGAGAAGAAAGAGCAUAAUGUAAAGAUCAUUCAAGACUUGAACACUGUCAGCCUGAAACUUUGUGAAUACUCCCUCCUUCCCAUUGGGUGCAGUUGUGGCGCUUGGUGUUCAUCAGGCAGAAUGGGAGCUCCUGUGCCCCUCCUCAGACUCACUGUCCCCAUGGCCCAGCCACCUCGCCAGCCUCUGCAAACCACUGCAUCUAGCUUUAGUGUGAAACACAUUGCAGGGUUCAGGUGACCUCUCCAAAAAACUACCUCCUCAGAAUGAGGUAAUGAAUAGUUAUUUAUUUUAAAAUAUGAACAGUCGGGAGCUCUAGAACAUGAAGAUGAUUUAAGAUUUUAUGUAUAUUUGUAUUUGAGCACUCUCAUUUUGUCCUAAAGGGCAUUGUACAUUUAAGCAGUAAUACUAAGAAAAAAACAAAAAGUGUAGCUCAGAGUAUGUGAAUGUUAUUGGAAGCGGUGCCAGAAGCUGUUUAGGGUUUCAUUUCAGAAUCUUAACCUGAACUCAGUUGCAUGAAAUUACAAGGUUAUGGUAUCACUUCACUAUCAGUGAUGUAAUUUUAAUUUUCAGUAGACUUGGCAAGACAGUACAUCUUCAUAAUGAGUUAGCAAUGGCUCCGUCACAUGCACAGAUGCUCAUACAGAGAGACUGCCCAGCUAAAGGGGUAGGAUGAGCACCCUGCUUGCAAGACUCUCUCCUUUGUCCAGGUUGGUGUCCUUACUGCUAGAAUGAAUAUCAGCACCUUGAAUUAUCAGGUGUCAACCACUAGGCUACCCAGAACCACAGCCAGCACUGGAAGAUGUGAGUAUGAACAGUGAGUAAUGUACAGGUCAUGCCGCAAAAUGGUGGAGGGGAGGCUCUAAAAAAUACCGUGACAAUUUGCCAAAUGAUCUUACUACUGUGCCUUCAUGAUGCAAUAAAAAAGCUAAAAUUUUAGUAGAAAUCAGUGAUUUAUGAAGAGAGCAGCCACUCUGGCUUAACUCAGCUGUGUUAAUAUUUUUUUAGAGUGCAAUUUAGACUGCAAAGAUAAAUGCACUAAAGAGUUUAUAGCCAAAAUCACAUUUAAAAAUGAGAAAACAGGUAAAUUUUCAGUGAACAAAUUAUUUUUUUAAAGCACAUAAAUCCCUAGUAUAGUCAUAUAUUUAUCACGUAGAGCAACUAGGUUGAAAAUAUAGUUCAGUGACAUUUCUAGAGAAACUUUUUCUACUCCCAUAGGCUCUUCAAAGCAUGGAACUUUUAUACAACAGAAAUGUUUGAGACAUUUUAAGAAACUGCUGUAGUGUAGUGUUAAGUACUGUAUGCUGGGCAGCAAUCAGGUGUAUAGACUUAGGAGAAAUUAAAAUAUAGGACAGAAUUUGAUUUGAUCUGUUUCCAGAGUACUGCUGCCAACCUAGACACUGAUUUUUCAGAGUUUGAAAUGUAAACUUGCUUGCCAGGACUUGUUCACAAAUGAAGCAGGACGGUGCUACUGACUGUGCUCUGGUGCACAGUGGGGGUGGAGGAGGGGAUCUCUGGAGGGCUCCUUUGCAAGGGGCCAUUGAAAUCGUGGCGGCCUGGCCAAUGUGUGUGAGACGGAACGUGCUUCCUGAAUCAUGCCACGCCACCCCAAGAUCGUGCACUGUCCCCAGCUCAGACUGUGGCUGUUUCACUGAGUACUCAGGUGAAUCACUGAGGCCCAGGAAGGGUGGUAACAUCUCUGCCCACAGAGGUCUGUAGAUGGGCCAGAGAGUAAAGUGGCCUAAGUGUCUGAGGUCUCUGCUUCUGGCUCUGGUCAAGUUGAAAACCCUGUGAACAUGUUUGUGAUAGCAGUAUGCUAGACAGUAAGCUUUGUUUUCAGCUAAUUUAUUUUCACUUCUAUUUAGACACAUGUAAAUUGAAACUCGGUCCUAAUUUUUGUUAAUUGUGGAAAGAAUAAUAGUUUCUAUCUGGUAUUUUUAAGGUAGAAGAGUGCAAAAUCCAAAGUCUUAAGAACAAAACAUACAUCAUAGGGACACUUAAUCACAACCUCAAUAAAGUGAUUAAGAUAGAACUUUUAUUUCAGCAUCCACAAUUUCAACUGUUUAGUUGUGGUUUUGUUUGUUUGUUUGGUUUGGUUUGGUUUGGUUUGGUUUUUUUGAGACAGAGUCUCGCUAUGUAGUUUGGGCUGGCCUUGAACUCACUGUGUAGCCCAGGCUGGCCUUGAACACCUGGCAAUCUUCCUGCCUCAACCUCCUUAGUGCUGGGAUCACAGGCUUGUGCCACCACACCCAGCUGUUUAUUUUAUAAAUUACUAAGUCAGUUUCACUAAAAUGUUUACUUCUAUUUAGCUGUUUUGCCUAAUUGCAGUGAUAAAUUGUGCAUGAGGAUACACCCAGUGUAUUGUUUUUUGUGAUGCAUUUUUCAGUAAAGAAUUCUGUAAAUUGAAGUACUCUUUGAAAACAGAACUGAAAUAUAUUUAUUCGUGUUGGUAUCAAAAAGUUUUUUUAUGCAGACCAUUUGUUUCUCCUGGAAGGCUGAGUACAUUGUCCAGCACCCAUGAUGAUUGGUUCCCACUGGCAGUGUGGACACAGGGGAGUUGGGCAGGAAAUGUAUGAAGCAGUGGUCAAGAGUUGGUUGACAGGACUGGAGUAGGGAUCAUGAGGACAUUGUUUACUCUUGGUUUGCUUUGGAAGUCAGUCUCUUACAUUUGUGUGCUAAGCCUUUUUGAACCCAUGUGUGUUUGGGCAGGGUAUGAGCUACAUAGGAAGAAACUGCAGACUUAACAUAAGCAACAGACUCAAAAGAUUAGCACAGAUGGAGAGGAAAUGGACCAAAAUGAGUUGUACUAACAGUUAAGUCUGGGGGUUAGGGAAAAACUAAUGGGGGUGGGAAAUAAUAAUUAUUUGAAAUAAAAUAUGAGUGCAAUAAGUGUGCUUUUUAUUCUAAGCUGUGAACAGGUUUUUUUAAAAUCAUUCCUUCCUAAUACACUUGUGUAUCAUAGCUGAUUAAAACCAGCUAUGUAAACAUACACCUUUUUAUUCAUGUUAAUUACCAACAUCAGUGGCUAAUCUUUAUGUCUUAUUUAUCUUCAUGUUACAUUAGUUUACAUACCAGGAAGAGAAAGUGUGUGUGUGUGUGUGUGUGUGUGUGUGUGUGUCUAUGCAUGUAUGUGCAUACAGGCUGUGCCCUUUUCCUUCCUGUAUUUUAAAACGCAUUCAUUGGAUCCUGUGUCUCCUUUGGUUGUGCCACAUGGUACAGCCUUGGUCUGCCCUUUACAGUGUCACCUGUGUGAAGGACUAUCACAGUAACACAUUUGUGAUCAUCCCACUUGUUGAGUGUACAUCUCACCCUUUUCGUCAUUCAGCAGUUUCUGCUUCUCCUAUGAUAGGAUUGUAUAACUCGUCAGGAGGUUGAUUUUACCAUUCAUCAACUAAUGUCUCUGAAUUCUAUUCAGUGGUUGUGAAUGCUCUUUGGUUCAGACCAAGGAAAAGGAAAUCCCUCCCCUCUUUCAUAUACUUCUUGGUUUAAGGACAAGUCUCCUACAAGGGAGAGGAAAGGGAAAUGCUUCACGUUGGAACUGUAGUGAAUUAAUGGCUCCUGUCCAUCACUCCGAACCUCACAGCACCUCACAUACACAUUCCUUUUGUCUAACUGCCGAAGGUUCAGGUUUAGUUCACUUCAGUUCCACUCAAGCAUUGAAAGGGUUCUCAUGGACCCUGGGUGUACCCAGUGGACAGGUGAGGACUUUUUCAUUGUCCAAGACCUCUCUUUACCUGCUUUGCAAAAACAAUGGAGUAACUAUUUUUAAAGCUUAUUUUUCAAUUCAUAAGAAAAAGACAUUUAUUUUCAGUCAAAUGGAUAAUGUCUCCCUCCUAUCCCUUAAUCCUCAAUGUUUGCUUGAAUCUUUUUUUUAAUUCUUCCCCAUACCAAUUUCCUGAUACUUUGGUUCUCUUUCCUGCUCAGGUCCCUUCAUUUGUACUUUGGAGUUUUUCUCAUGUAAAUUUGUAUAAUGGAAAAUAUUGUUAAGUUUGGAUAGAAAGCAUGGAGAAUUAAAAAAGAUAGCUGAAAAUCAGAGUGAAGAAAAUUAUUUGUGUAAAGUUAUUUAAAAACUGUAUUAUAUAAAAGGCAAAAAAGUUCUAUGUACUUGAUGUGAAUAUGCGAAUAUUGCUAUAAUAAAGAUUGCAUGGAGAAGUC